AUGACCGAGGAAACGGUAGUAGAAGAGCCUUCAGCAGAAGAAGUUCCGGCUGAAACCGCUGAAGCGCCACCUGCCGAAGAUGAUCGAGACCCAUUAGGAACUUGGAGAAUUCUAGAGAACCCGAAGAAGAUCCAGACUUCCGAAGGCGCAGAUGUGUCCAUCACCAUCGUUCUCGGAAAAGGAGAAAUUCUCAACAAGCCCCGAAUUGUGUGGAUCAAAGGAAAAUGGAACGAGAUCACCAAGGGCGACCGAUACAAUAUGGAAACGACCGAGAGCAUCGGAAAAAUUGAGGCUAAGAUGACAUUCAAAGCGCCUAAGAUGUCCGACUCUGGCUUGUACACUGUCAGGAUUUUCUCCCGAUCCGAGAAAGUCGAGGAUACUUUCAACUUGCAAGUCGGACCUUAUGAUGGAACUGAGAAGAAAAUCGUCAUCGGCAAGGCUCGAAAAAGCGUUCAAAUCGAGCAAGAAAACAUGGAUGUCGACUUCAGAGCUCGUCUCAAAAAAGUCAAGAAGAAGGAAUCCGAAGGCGGCGGAGUUUCUGGAGAAAUCUGGAACGUCCUCAAGUCUGCCGCUGCUCGAGAUCAUGAAAAGAUCGCCUUCAAAUAUGGCAUUUCUGAUUUGCGUGGCAUGCUCCGACGACUCAAUGAUACAAAAAAGAAUAACAAGAAAGGAAACAUGUUUGCGAUGCGAUUGAACGACACCGCCGCCUACCAAGUUGGAGACAAAAUUGUGCUCACCUGCGAGCUGGUCAACGAAACCCACAACGUUCGCUGGUUCCAGAACGGUCGGGAAAUCACCUCGAGCAAGCGUGUUCAAUGCUCGGCAAAGGGAGCAACGCGAACUUGCAUCAUCGAUUCUGCCCAGAUCACCGACGACUCUUCAAUCUACUGCGUCUGCGGCGACGAGCGAACCCAGUGCGAAGUCUUCGUCCGAGCUCCUCCAGUCACCAUCGUAUCCGGCUUUGAAGAUCUUGCCGUGACAGAUGGAGAAGAAGCUGUCUUCAAGGCCACUAUCUCAGCCGAAAACGGUCGCUACAAAAUCCUCAAGGACGGUAUCGAGCUUCAGCGAACCGAACUCGUCAGGAUGAAGAAACAAGGCGUGGAAGUCACUCUUACCCUUCCUGCUGCGAACCUCGACGAUGCUGGUUUCUACCAGAUCCAGACCAACGGGGAUGAGUCAUUCGCUGAACUGCUGGUUGAAAAGAAAAUGGUCGAGUUCAAGAGCGGCUUCGAAGACUGCAAGGUCAACUUUAACGAAAGUGCCGAGUUCAAAUGCGAAGUCUCAGAUCGAGACGCCGUUGGAAAAUGGUUCAAAGACGGAAAAGAAGUCGAAGCAUCUGACCGAAUCGAAAUCCGAGAUAUUGGAUGCAUCCGAAAGAUCACCAUCAACAACGUCAAGCCUGAAGAUCAAGGCGAGUACGAGUACCGCGUUGACGGCAAGAAGCCAAUCAAAAUGGCCGCUUGCUUGGAAGGAGUCGAAGUCGUCAUUGAAAAGAAAAAGGAAGCGCCAAAGCUCUUCCUCAACCAGAGCGCUUCCAAGGAAAUUACCGUCAAGGUUGGCGGCACUGUCGCCUUCGAUUUUGGUAUCACUGGCGAUCCUAAGCCAAAAGUUGAGUGGCUUUUCAACGGCGAUUCACUUUCUGAAGAUGGCAAAAGAAUGCAGAUCAUUGAAGAAGGCGACAAGACAAGUCUCAAGAUCAACAGCGCUAAACGAACUGAUACGGGCCUUUACUGUAUUCGAGUUACCUCCGAAGCUGGUGAAGAUAACCACGAAAUGGUCAUCAAGGUCAUCGAUCUCCCUGGUCCUCCUGGCAAACCUGUCAUAUCCGACCUCAACGACGAGAGCUGCCGUGUCGACUGGACCCCUCCACUCGACGAUGGCGACUGUCUGUCCCGAGGAUACAUUGUCGAGCGAAAGAAGAUCAAGGCCCAGCGAUGGAUUCGCCUCAACGGAGAGUUCUGCAACUACCACAAUUAUCACGUGCGUCGAUUGGUCGACGGCAACACUUAUCAAGUUCGUAUCACGGCUGUCAACGAGUGUGGCACUGGCCUGCCAUCUGACCCCUCAGAACCAUUCACGCCCAUCGCGCCAACUUCUGAAGUCACUAGCUUCCGGCUCGGCAAGUUGACUGACACUUCCAUCGAACUCAACUGGCGACAACCAGCGGAUAUUGGCGCCGCUGGAAUCGGUGGUUAUCUUAUUCAGCAGCAAAUCCUCCCCGGCAAAAUGGGCAUGGCAAAUGCUGAAGAUGCUCAAGAAGAUGCUUGGACUGACGCGCGAGAUAAUCUCCUGUCAGCUCAAACGAUCAAAAUCAAUCUUGACGCUCUCGACACCGGAAAGAACUACUACUUCCGUAUUUGCACUGUCAACGCUGCAGGCCGCUCUAAGUGGGUCUACGUUGGUCCAGUUUGUUGCGCAGAGUCGAUUGAAGAUCCCCAGAUUGUUCUUCCAAGAGCUUUGAAGAGACGAGUCACGGUCCCUGUUGGCCAAAAGAUCCAUCUCAAUGUGCCUAUCCAAGGCAAGCCGAAGCCAGCUAUUUCCUGGAACAAGAUAAACUUUGUUGAACGAGAAGUCAAACCUCCAACUCCGGAACCAGUUGUUGAACCUGAACCAGUACCCGAACCCGAACCGGUUGUUAAAACCACUCCUGAACCAGUAGCUGAAGCACAUGUCGAACCAGCUGCUGAGGCAGAACCUACAGCAGAAGGAGCGACAGAGCCUGCUGCAGAGCCAGCGGCAGAAACUGAACCAGCUCAAGAGGCAGCGGCAGAACCUUCUUCCGAAGCUGCGCCAGAAACUCCUGUUGAACCUGCUGCUGAAGCUGCUCCUGAGGCCGCACCAGAAGCAGCUCCUGAAACUGCGCCAGAGCCAGUUAAAGCUGCUACUCCACCUCCACCAGAACCUGUCUUUGAAACUGUUGAAGAAAUUGGCGAAAUCCCAUCUUUGGCAACUGUCAGAAACGCUGCGGGAAGCAGUAUUCUUCACAUUCGAGAAUCUGAACGAUCAGACUCUGGCAUUUAUCUCGUCACGGUCAAAGUCGGCGACAACGAAGUCAGCGCUAGAAUUGACGUCGCUGUUGUUGAUGUACCAAGCAAGGUUAUUAAGCCAACGAUCAAGGAAGUUAUUGGCACUGCUGUUUGCCUUGAAUGGAAAGCGCCAAAGGAUGAUGGCAACACUGACAUCAUCGGCUACAUCGUCGAGAAGCGCACUAAGCGACACGGCAAGGAUGGUGAGUGGUACAUUGUAAACGAUAAGGUUCGCCACAAGCAGUGCCAGGUGCAGGACUUGAUUGUCGGCAACGAGUAUCAAUUCCGCAUCCGAGCGUUCAACGAAGUCGGAGUCGGUCCAGAUUCCAUUACAAAGGACUUCGCUAAUAUUACCAAAGAAGCCUUGACUUUCAACCGCUUCCUGCCGGAAAAGAAGGAGCUCUUUUACGCACCAGAAUUCACGACAAUUUUGAACAAACGAAACCUUGUCGUUGGAUUCAACGCGAUGCUCCACUGCGCUGUCAAGGCACUUCCUCCAGCAAAGAUCACCUGGUUCAAGAACAAGAUGCCAUUGCCAGAUGUUGGCAAGUACAUUCAAAAAGAUGAAAUCGGAGUGGUGCAGCUCGAACUCAUGCGAGCAAAGACUAAUGAUACUGGAACUUAUACCGUUGUCGCCGAGAAUUGCCAUGGAAAGGCCACCCUCGAGUCCUACGUCAUCGUUCGAGAAGCUUCUGAGCGACUUCACGAGUGA